AUUUUAUAUGACUUUGUUACAGUUGCGUGCGAAGACAUUUUGUAGUUUAACAGCACAGUGCAACACAACAGCACAGUGACAUCCCAUAAUGACAUUCCAGUGUUUCACAUAACUGAGAAGUUACAGCAGAAGGCUCUGGAGCAACCUGAGCAGAAGAAAUCCAAGUCGGCUGAAUUUCUGAUGGCGGAAGGUGAGGAGGAGAGAGUCGUGAUUGAGGGCGCUGUGAAUCCUGCAUUCCGUGAGGACCUGGAGGUGCAGAGCGAGAUGAGAGGUGGCAUGCACGAUAGCACCCUUGCGGCUCGGCGACAGCGCAUGCAGGCCAGAACUGCAGCGCGAGGAAAUGAAGGUGCCCAAAAUUACUUUGACCCCUCUGUGGCGGCAGAGGGUGACCCAAGGCAGUGCAGGAUGUCUGAGGUCGGAGCCAGAGAUGAGCUGGAAUUAAAGUUUAUGAAUGCAGAUGAGAGAAACCUUUAUGAGAAACUUUCUGAAAUGCUUCAACAAGAAGACACCUCCACCAUCAUAGAUCUACCAGGUACGGUGAUGUCUGAUCGUGGUGUAGAAGAUGCUGCACCAGUGGCUGAGGGUGGAUGGAUAGAUCGGCAGAGAGACGAGCAGUUGGGGAGGAGAGAAGACACAAUCUCUCAGUAUGUGGAGCAGCUAGAUGAGCGUGUGCAGAAACACAUGAUCCCAUUGGGCAGACCUGCACUGGGACAGGAAGAGCUUUUGGAGCGAGGGAUGACAGAGGAGAAGGUGUGGGCGAGGAAGAAGAAAGUGAUGUCGCUUAUAAAGGGGAAUUCAAAGAUCAGGCACAAGGAUGAGGAGGAGGCUGUUCUCCGGGACAGACUGUAUGCUGUGUUCCAGCGGGCAGAAAACCGGUUGCUGAAUUCUCUACGUCAGCGUCAAGCUGAAGUCAUUGACCAAUAUGGCGAGAUUGUAGAAGAGACAGGAAACACAGAGGCACUGAGCAUCGGACCUGACCUCCACUGGCAGGUGGAAUGGACACACACUCCGCAGCCCAUAGAGGUGCAAGUUUUAUGUCUGCGGGCGGUGAGAGAGAAGCUGCCCAGCGGUCUCUACUCUGUGAGCAUGUCCCUGCACACUCAGCUGGGCGGCCACACACUGCGCUGGUCUCGUCUGCAGGAGCAGCGGUGGGCUGCGAACACUGAUCCCGUGCAACACCACGGCCGAUACAGGGACACAGAGCUCAACAUUAACCAGAGCCUGUACAUGGUCUUGCCUGCAUCAUGUGACCUGUUGCCAUCCAGUGUUCUAGUGUUCAGGCUGUUGUCUCUGCCCGGCGAUCACAGUUAUGUCAGUUCUGUGGUGAGCUGGGGUGCCUUCCCCAUCUGUGACUGCUCCCUUAAACUCCUCAAGGGCAAGUUCAAGACCCCUCUGCUGCGCGGCGGUCCAAACGCAUCGGUCAACCAGUUCCGCAAAAUCGAGCAUCUGCUCUCCACUGACCUGGACAACUGGCUUUGCAACAUCUACUUCCAGGUGAAGAGACUUCCACGAGGCAGCACCAGGGUUCCAGAGCACAGCUUCCCACUUCAGAUCCCCUCUCACCCCCGGCAGAGCUUCAAUCAGGGGCCUCCUCUCCACCCAAACACCUCCAGCCGCUCCUCUGCGUCGCUGCCAGGUAAGAGCCCCACUGGAGCUGUGUUACACCCAGAGCCCAUCGUCCAGACAAAUCCGCCCAGCGCUGACAAAAACAAAGCUACAUUUCACACAAGCAAGAGCGACAGACAGCAGAAGAUCAUCACGAGAAAUAGUGAAACGCUCCGAUCACUCACUAAAGAUCAGCUGGAGCAAUUCACCUUCUCACUGCGAUCUCAGCAUCACAGUCAGCACUGCUCUGCUCCGAUGUGUUGUGGGACGGCUGACAGGAUGCGUCUAGCAGUGCGUCUCCUCCAGUCUCUGCUCGAUCUCUCCUUGCGUCCAUGUCAUCGACUGUCUCAGAUCAGUCUGAACGUUCUGCUGUUCACUCUCAUGUGGUUCCCACGUCUGUAUCUGCAUUACUGCAGUCAGUGGAUUUACCUGCAGAGCAAACACAUCCCCAUCAACAGGUUCGGGUUGUGUGCGCACACUGUGGUUCUGGUGUAUCAGGGCUCACUGCUGUCCAGCCUGGAGGAAGUGAUGCUGGUGCUGCUCGGCCCCGUGACCUUGAGUGCAGCUACGCUGCUGCUGCUCGCGAUCAGAUGGGGCUGUCAGCGUGCGUUUGGCUCAACGCCCUCCUUCCUGUCAAAGUUUAUCACAGCUGCGGCGCUGUGGACAGUGCUCCACCCUCUGGCACUCUUCACUGUGGAUGCCGUCCUGGGGCGUUUGUCCUACAGCGCAGAGGAACCAUUGGCAGAUGCUGCUAAACUCUAUUGGCAUUUCUAUCGGACUGAGCAGUCGGGCACAGCGGGCAUCAUCAUCACCCUCUUCCUGUACGCCGUCCACUUCAUCCUGUCCCUCACUGUUUUUUACGUUUACUUGCUCAGACUUCACAAUGACGGGAGACUGUUAGACAUCUACCAGCGUCUCCACUGCGCUGAGGGAGCGUUCUUCAUUCCACAUGACAUGGAGGUCUCCAACCAGGAGCUCAAUUACAUUGUGAAGAUGGCAGAGCAAUGGAGAGGUUUCAAUGGAGAGAGACGCAAGGAUGACUGUUUUGAGAACAAAUCUCAAUAUGAUGCUGGCUUUGCCAGAAAACUGUUGCUCAAAGAUAAGUCCGUGCCGACUAUUCUGGGAACAACGACGACGCAAACUGUAGCAGUGCAUGACUACAUCUGGACAGAGGAGGAGCCUGUUCCAGGAUUGGCUCCGCCUGCUGGCACGUCCAUCAAUGGAUGUGAGACCAGCACCCAUCUAUCCAUCUACACACUCCAUCUCAGCGGCCUACGCCAACAUUACAGGCACUUCCUGCGACAGCCCGAUGGAGCUAUAAUAGAGGUGAUGGAGGACAUUGACAGUGCCGAGUUUCAUAGAGCAUAUGAACAUGAGAAGAUGAAGUGUAUGACACAUCUGAGAGAGAGGAAGAGAAGGAAACCUGCGUGGCGAUCACACAGAGUUGAGCCUGUUGGAGGAAGUGUCUAUGACUCCAUCACUGCAGUUAAAGAGUCCAAAUGAAAACAAACACGUGAUAACAAUAAUACAUUAUACUUUUGCUUUUCAAAAUUCAAUAAUGUGUGACAAAACAGAGGAAAAAAAAAGGAUAAUGAAAUCCAUAAUAUAUUUACAUUGUGUAUUUAUAUUCAGUUUUUUUUGACAUUUAUUUAUUAAUUUUUUUAUUAUCUUAUAUUUUAUUUGUCUACUAACAAUGUCCAACAGUGUGUGUACAUGCAUCACAGGAGAUGUAUGUGUUUUUUCUUUUUUUUUUCUGAAAGUCAUGCCAGUUUCAAAGAUGCACAUCUAAAAUUCUGUAUUGUGUUUAAUAGAAUUCUGUGCUGGAAAUGAUGCCGAUGGAAAUUACAUUUUAAAUUAUUAUCAUUAUUUUUAUUGUUUUAUUUUUUUUUUUUUUCUUCAAAUAUCACUUGACUCAUAUUUAAUCUCAAGCAUGCCCUUUAUUGACACUUUGUAUAUAAGUUGAAGAAUUACCUAAAUGCAAUGUUUGGUAGUGAAAAUAGAUAACGAUGAAUAUAACAAUGAAUUAAAUAAUAAUAAUAAUAACAAUUUGAGAAGGAUUUAUUUGAACCUAUUUUAACUUGAAGACCUGAAAACAAAUGUUUACUGAAUUUGAAUGGACUGAUUUUUCUAUUAUUAAAUGAAUCAAAAUCAAAAUAUAUUUUUCUUUCUCUCUAGAUCUCUAGAUCAAGUUUUUUUGUUGUCUUACAAACCUAGAAAACCAACAAAAGAGAAA